AACCUGCAGUUUCGAUCAGCUUCAAUCUUCUUUCUUUCUUUCUUCUUCUUCCUCAGCCAAGAAAACGAAAGAAAAGAAAUGGCUCCCACACCAUCUUCUUCUUCGAAAUUAAGCCAAACCCAUAUGAGAACACCCCAAUCGAAGCAGCGUUUAAACUUCUCGUCAACACGAAACAACCCCCAACACCCAAACUCCAUUGCAGCCAAAGAAAACCCACCAGGGGAACACCCAGUUGAAGUCAUCGGCAGAAUAAGAAACUAUCCUGGUGACCAGAAAGACAAAAACCCCAUCCCGUUUCUCCAUAUAAAUCCUGACAACAACACUCUCCGUGUCCGGGCUGAUAUAGGGUACCGGGACUUUUCCCUGGAUGGGGUUUCUUCUUCCGAGGAAGAAGAUCUCGAUGCUUUUUAUAAGAAAUUCAUUGAGUCGAGGAUCAAUGGGGUGAAAAUGGGGGCUAAGUGUACUGUUAUGAUGUAUGGCCCAACUGGUUCAGGGAAGAGUCAUACUAUGUUUGGGUGUCCAAAGCAGCCUGGGAUUGUUUAUAGGUCAUUGAAAGGUAUAUUGGGAGAACAUGGAGAGGAUGAGAAUGGAGGGGAAAGAUUGGGAGUUGGGACUUUUGUUCAAGUCACUGUUUUGGAGAUCUAUAAUGAGGAAAUUUAUGAUCUUUUGUCAACUAAUGGAGGUGGAGGUGGCUUUGGAUUUGGAUGGCCCAAAGGUGGCAAUGGAUCUAAGGCGAAACUAGAAGUAAUGGGAAAGAAGGUUAAGAAUGCAAAUUUCAUAUCUGGGAAUGAAGCUGGAAAGAUUUCAAAAGAGAUUCAGAAAGUAGAGAAGAGACGAAUUGUGAAAAGCACUCUCUGCAAUGAAAGGAGUUCUCGAAGUCACUGCAUGAUAAUCCUUGAUGUUCCUACUGUUGGAGGAAGAUUAAUGCUUGUGGACAUGGCAGGUUCCGAAAAUAUCGAUCAAGCAGGUCAAGUUGGAUUUGAAGCAAAAAUGCAGACAGCAAAGAUAAACCAGGGAAACAUAGCACUGAAGAGAGUUGUUGAAUCCAUUGCAAAUGGAGAUUCUCAUGUGCCCUUCAGAGAUAGUAAGUUGACAAUGUUGCUACAGGACUCUUUUGAGGAUGAUCAAUCAAAGAUUUUAAUGAUACUUUGUGCAAGUCCAGAUCCUAAGGAGAUACACAAGACAGUUUGCACCCUUGAAUAUGGAGCAAAAGCAAAAUGUAUCGUCCGCGGUCCACAUACACCGACCAAGGACAAAAACGAAGAUUCAUCAUCUGCUGCUCUUUUAGGAUCCAGGCUAGCAGCAAUGGAUCAGUUUAUUCAUAAACUACAGAUGGAGAACAAGCUCAGAGAAAAAGAGAGAAAUGAGGCACAUAAAGAGCUCUUAAAGAAAAAAGAAGAAGCGGCGGCGCUAAGAGCACUUGUGGAAGGGAAGGGUACUUCUGGGGCAACUGAAGAAGAAAUCAAUGCAAAGGUAAAUGAGCAGGCACUGAUAUUAAAACUUGAGUUGGAGAAGAAACUAGACAAAUGCAGGCGGAUGGCUGAAGAGUUGGUUGAAAUGGAAAGGAGAAGAAUGGAAGAAAGGAUACUGCAACAGCAGGAAGAAGUCGAGAUGCUAAGAAGGCGGUUGCAGGAAAUCGAGUUUGAGUUAUGCUGUUCGAGGGAUGGAAGAAAUGCUGUGGAGAAUGAGGCAAAGGAGUUGGAUAGUGGAAGCAGCAACUUUGCUAAAAGGUUAAUUGGGAUAUAUGGUGAUGAGAUCCCAGGGAUGGUUAAGUCAAUGGACCUUGACAUGGGUGAUCCAGAACCAGUUAUGCAUGACAGUAGUGGUAUUCAUCCUGAUGGUUUUGCUCCACAAUUCGGUCCUAAAACAGGUCUGAGCACUGUAUAUGAGGAAGAAGAAAUCGAAGAAGACGAGGAACAAAAAGAGAAUGAGGAAGAUGAAGUAGUGGAGAAAUUGAUAAUAGAGGAAAAGAGGGUGUGCUCAAGUGAGAUAGUUAAUGAUUUGAGGCCUAAACAGUCGGAUUCCGAUACAGCCUCUUCGAGACUAUUAAGAAUUCAGAACAUCUUUACACUCUGUGGGAACCAAAGAGAGCUUACUCAACAAAUCAGCACUGAAACACCUACCAAACCAAUGGCUGAAACCAUUGAUCAUUAUUGGUCCGAAGUGAAAAGUUUGGACAAGGAAAACUCACCACCUGGUUUAAUAGCAGCAUGCUUGAAUAAGAAAGAAACCCCCUACAAUGACUUCGCAGAUGCCCAGAUUGAAGUCUAUGUAAAAUGGGAAGCAUCCAAGGAAAUUCCUGGAAAGUUUAUCACAACAUUAAAGGUUGUAAAAGAUGCAACACUUGCUGAUCUGAGGAAGUUGAUUGAGAUCUAUCUUGCUGCAGAUAAUCAAGCUUUCACUUUUCUAUUGCUUGGGCCGGAUCUGACCGAGGCACCGGUGAAGAAAGAGAAUGAAGGCACUGUCAAGGCUAGCAAGCUUCCACUCUGCAGCAACAGUUAUAUGGCAUGCUUGAGGCCAGCAAAGUGUAUGCAGGUGAUGAGUUAUCGACUCACACUCAGUGAGUCCCACUUCCUACUAGGAUGGAUUUUAGGUCGUAUUUGUUCAGAUGAAGAAGUGUUGAAUGAAAAUGCAGCCAUGAGUAUAUUAUUCAUAUGUAUUCUUACCUGGUACCUUUGAGUAACAAAUCAUCUCCCUUUGAGCACACUACCAUUGACUCCCAUGGAAAACAAGCUUCCACUCACCCCCAACAAUUCGAUUCUUGCAUCAAGGUGAUGAGUUAUCGACUCACACUCAGUGAGUCCCACUUCCUACUAGGAUGGAUGUUAGGUCGUAUUUGUUCAGAUGAAGAAGUGUUGAAUGAAAAUGCAGCCAUGAGUCUAUUAUUCAUAUGUAUUCUUACCUGGUACCUUUGAUUAUGGAUUGCCCUUCCUCAAUUGCCUUCCAUUAUGAAUAUUGAGAAACAUUCUUAAGACAUGGGAUGGGAAAACACUCCAACUGACAACUGUUUAUGUCUGUUUUAUGGUUCAUGGUCGGGUUUCGGGGUUGGUCCUUCCAUCAAUGUCUGUCUCCAAGACUCGAGCAUGCAUUCUCUCUUUGAGAGUGCAAAACCACUGCAUCUAACACUUGUUGGUUUCCCUUAACCUUGUUGUAUGCAUAAAUAUAUAAUAUGAAUAGUACGGAGUCAGGAAUGUUUAUGAAGCCUGCAAUAAAAGAGGAGAGAAUUUUUUUUUCUUGUUUCCAUUACACUAAUGUAUGUUAGGUUACCUAACAGUUAUAAUUUUGGAUAAUUUUACAUUUUAGCUUUUUUUUUUAA